AUGUCGCCCGGUGAAUCUUCCCGCCCGUCGUCGCAUCGGCCACGAGACUCAUCGGGCAGGAAGCAUCAUCACAAGAAACGACGAUCGCACGGGCAAGGAUCCAGACGGCCAACCACAGACUCGGGAGAGAGCAGGGACGAGAGAAGGUCGCAAGCACUGUCUGCUGAUGCGCUGGCGGCACUCAACCGCGAUAACACGAAGAGAAAAAAGAGAAGGGAGUCGCGUGCGGACGGCACAAGGAAUACAGAGAGGGACGCAGAGAGGGCGGCAGAACGAGCAGAGAGGAGAAGGGCACGGCGCGAACAACAGUACAGAGAUGCGCCGCGGGAGCGCCCGAGGAGGGCGGAGCGGGAGCAGGACAGAGAAGUGGUUUACGAAAAGCCAAGGAGAGAUCACAAGGGCAACAAGAGACGGGUGGUCAGCGGCGCUGUGAUGGAGGAGGGACGCUCGCGCGGUCACUUGCGAGGCGGCGGAUGGAGCAGUUCUGACCACAGCUUCGAGAAGGAGCACUUGAUCGUAGAUCCCCCACAGCCCUUGCCGAAGCGGAAGAAGCUUUGGAUUUGCCUCGGAGUUUCGCUGGUGCUGCUCAUCAUCAUCAUCGUUGUGGCAGUAGUGGUCAGCAAGAACAACUCGAACAAGAGCAGCCCGUCAAAAACCACUCUGGGUAACAGCAAUAAGGACAGCGUACCGAUGCAGUGGCGCGGGACAUACCUUGACCCGUGGUCCUGGCAGGACACGACCGACUUCAACGUUACCUUUACCGAUGAAAUGGUUGGCGACCUACCCGUCAUGGGCCUAUACACGGACUGGGACGACUCGAAGCGCGCCAACGACAAGGUGCCAGCCAUCAAUGAUUCCUGGGGGUCAUACGGAUCACGACCGGCCCGCGGCGUCAACGUCGGCGGGUGGCUAAACCUGGAACCCUUUAUCACGCCGUCGCUCUUCGACUACGACCCGCGGUUGGGUAUCAUUGACGAGUACACGCUUUGCCAGCACCUCGGCACGAAGAAGACGGCCGAGGUCCUCGAGAAGCACUACGCGACGUUCGUCACGGAAUCGACGUUCAAGGAAAUCGCGGAUGCCGGCCUCGACCAUGUCCGCAUCCCCUUCAACUACUGGGCCGUCGAGGUCUACGACGGCGAUCCGUACCUCUUCCGCACCUCCUGGCGCUACCUCCUUCGUGGCAUCGAGUGGGCUCGCAAGUACGGCCUCCGGGUCAACCUCGACGUCCACGGGCUGCCCGGAAGCCAGAACGGGUGGAACCAUUCGGGCCGCCAGGGUACGAUCGGCUGGCUCAACGGCCCCGACGGCGCGACGAACGCGCAGCGCAGUCUCGAUAUGCACGACCGGCUCUCCAAGUUCUUCGCGCAAGACCGGUACAAGAACAUCAUCGCCUUCUACGGGCUGGCCAACGAGCCGCGCAACGUGGAGCUGAACAACGCGGACGUGGUGUCGUGGACGGAGCAGGCGUACAAGCUGGUCAAGAGCAACGGCAUCGGGGGCAUCGUGGUAUUUGGCGACGGGUUCAUGGGGCUGGGCAACUGGCAGGGCAAGUUGACGGGGUAUAGCGACCUGGCGCUCGAUGUGCACCAGUACGUCAUUUUCAACACGGACCAGAUCGUCUAUACGCACAAGAAGAAGGUUGAGUACGCGUGUAGCGGGUGGACGCAGCAGGCGGAGCAGUCGAUGGACACGUCGACGGGGUACGGGCCGACGCUCUUCGCCGAGUGGUCGCAGGCGGACACGGAUUGCGCCAAGUACCUCACCAACGUCGGCUGGGGCAACCGAUGGACUGGCACUUACAACACGGGCAACGCGUCGACGUCGAUCCUCGAGCCCCGGUGUCCGACGCAGGACUCGAAGUGCGACUGCAACGCGGCCAACGGCGACGCCAAUGGGUUCAGCAGCGACUACAAGAAGUUCCUGCAGAUGUUCGCCGAGGCGCAGAUGCACUCGUUCGAGAAGGGGUGGGGGUGGUGGUACUGGACGUGGGACACGGAGAGUGCACCGCUGUGGAGCUACAAGAAGGGCCUCGCGGCCGGGAUCCUGCCGGCCAAGGCGUACGACCGGGACUUUGACUGCUCAGGGACCGUGCCGGAUUUUGACGACGUGCCAGAGUACUACCGGAUGUGA